CUGCCACGACGCCCGCGACAAAUCCCUGCGCGACGGCAUCUUCGCCUCCCAUCCCCUCCCAGCUUCCCCUCCCACUCCGGCCCUCACACAAAUUGCCCCUCUCCUUGUCCUCCUCUUUACACGCUGCCGACCACGGCUGCCGCCAACCACCCGCCCCACCCGUCCACCGCUGCCGAGUGCUAGCCAUUUGGAGCUGCCGCGCCAUGGCGUCCGUGGCCGCCACCACCACGCUGGCACCGGCACUCGCGCCCCGGCGCCGGGCGCGGCCAGGGACCGGGCUGCUGCCGCCGCGCCGGGCCUCGGCCGUCCGCUGCUCGCUCGACCGUAACGUCUCCGACAUGGGCGUCAACGCUCCCAAAGGGUUAUUCCCACCCGAGCCAGAGCACUACAGGGGCCCGAAGCUCAAGGUGGCCAUCAUAGGGGCAGGCCUUGCGGGCAUGUCCACCGCUGUUGAGCUCUUGGACCAGGGCCAUGAGGUUGAUUUGUACGAGUCCCGUCCGUUUAUCGGUGGUAAGGUUGGCUCCUUUGUUGACAGGCAAGGAAACCAUAUCGAGAUGGGGCUGCAUGUGUUCUUCGGGUGCUACAGCAAUCUCUUCCGCCUCAUGAAGAAGGUUGGCGCUGAUAAUAAUCUGCUGGUGAAGGAACAUACCCAUACUUUUGUAAAUAAAGGGGGCACGAUUGGUGAACUUGAUUUUCGGUUCCCGGUGGGAGCUCCGUUACAUGGCAUUCAAGCAUUCCUAAGAACUAAUCAGCUCAAGGUUUAUGAUAAAGCAAGAAAUGCAGUUGCUCUUGCCCUUAGUCCAGUUGUUCGGGCUCUGGUUGAUCCUGAUGGUGCAUUGCAGCAAGUGCGGGACUUGGAUGAUGUAAGUUUCAGUGAUUGGUUCAUGUCCAAAGGGGGUACUCGGGAGAGUAUCACAAGAAUGUGGGAUCCUGUUGCUUACGCUUUGGGUUUCAUUGACUGUGAUAAUAUCAGUGCACGUUGCAUGCUUACUAUUUUCACCUUGUUUGCCACAAAGACAGAGGCAUCCCUGUUACGCAUGCUAAAGGGUUCACCUGAUGUUUACUUAAGUGGCCCAAUAAAGAAGUAUAUAACAGACAGGGGUGGUAGGUUUCACUUAAGGUGGGGAUGCAGAGAGGUUCUCUAUGAGAAAUCACCUGAUGGAGAGACCUAUGUUAAAGGCCUUCUCCUCACCAAGGCUACAAGUAGAGAGAUAAUCAAAGCUGAUGCAUACGUCGCAGCCUGUGAUGUUCCGGGUAUCAAAAGAUUACUUCCAUCAGAAUGGAGGGAAUGGGAAAUGUUUGACAAUAUCUACAAGUUAGAUGGUGUCCCUGUUGUCACUGUCCAGCUCCGCUACAAUGGAUGGGUCACUGAACUUCAAGAUUUGGAGAAAUCAAGACAACUGCAAAGGGCGGUUGGGUUGGAUAACCUUUUGUACACGGCGGAUGCAGACUUUUCCUGUUUUUCGGACCUUGCUCUCUCAUCUCCUGCUGAUUACUACAUUGAAGGGCAAGGUUCCCUGAUCCAAGCUGUGCUGACUCCUGGAGAUCCAUACAUGCCAUUGCCAAACGAGGAGAUCAUUAGUAAGGUUCAAAAGCAGGUUGUAGAACUGUUCCCAUCUUCCCGGGGCUUGGAAGUUACAUGGUCCAGUGUGGUAAAGAUCGGACAAUCGCUGUACCGUGAGGCUCCUGGAAACGACCCAUUCAGGCCUGAUCAGAAGACGCCCGUUAAAAACUUCUUCCUCUCUGGAUCUUACACGAAACAGGACUACAUUGACAGCAUGGAAGGAGCAACUCUCUCCGGCAGGCGAACGUCGGCCUACAUCUGCGGUGCCGGGGAGGAGCUGCUGGCCCUCCGAAAGAAGCUACUCAUCGACGACGGCGAGAAGGCGCUGGGGAACGUUCAAGUCCUGCAGGCUAGCUGAACAACCCCUCCUGCACUGCAGAGAAGCUUGGAUCUUUCCAACCACACAUACAUGCUGGAAUGGACAAACCAACCAACCAUUGGCUUUUCUCGCUUCAGGGUGCUGGCGAUUCCCGCAGCGACCUCCUGUGUAUCGUAUCCAAUUUGAGCAUUAGAUCUGCCCCCCCUGCAGGCGUUUCUUUCCUAUCCCUGAUCCGAGAAGCAGGGUGUAGUCUAGGUGGCUGGCAUACGGGAUUACAUCAGGCAGUGUGUAAGUUCAGCUGGAACUCGAUUGGUAAUUGGGAUGGAUGAUUGAUGAUAUAUAUAUAGCACACACUGUUCUUGCGUCUUGCAA